GACUAACAGGGGUUAAUUUCGUUAGCCUCGAGAAUGAGUUUGUUUUUGCCAAAAUUAAGUUGCAAAAAAGACAUAGAUGAAGUUAUCAAAGGCGUGGCAGAAAAAGUCGUAGUUUUGAGGUUUGGGAGAGACGAAGAUUCAGUCUGUCUCCAGCUCGACGAGAUUUUGUCAAAAACUGCGCACGACCUCAGUAACAUGGCGUCGAUCUACAUCGUUGAUGUGGAUAAAGCUCCCAUCUACACACGAUACUUUGACAUCAGUUACAUCCCUUCCACUGUUUUCUUUUUCAACGGGCAACACAUGAAAGUGGAUUAUGGCUCACCGGAUCACACAAAAUUUGUUGGCAGUUUUAAGACAAAGCAAGAUUUCAUGGAUCUGAUUGAGGUCAUAUACCGAGGAGCCAUGCGGGGAAAGAUGAUUGUGCAGAGUCCCAUAGAUCCUCAAAAUAUUCCUAAAUAUGACCUCCUCUACCAUGGAAUUUAGACUCAGCACAUUCCCUGUGUGGUAAUAAUAGUAAUAAUAAUCUUCCUCUGCCACUAAGCAACCAUCAGAUAAGACCCAUAAACUUUAAUCUGAAGUGUCUCAGAUUAGGAGCCUUGUUGAAGAUUCAUUUUCCAAAGAGAGGCAAAUAUGACGUUGCCCUGUAGUACUGUCCCUGUUAGAUUGUGGAGUUUCUGACCAAUAUUAAUGGUAUGAAGCAAAUGUAUGUGUGAAUCCCAGUUUUGUUGGUUCCCAUGUACACACAUGGGGACACACAUACAUCGACACAAAACCAUUGGCUAGAACAUACCAAUGGUUUCAAACUAUUCCACUGAUUAACAGGUUACCUGUCAAGAAACACAGUAAUGUGAAGGUGCUGUGAGACAGUGAAGUAGGAGACUGCAGGCUAAUGAACAGGGAUGUAAACAAUGCAGGCUUCAAAGUUUUAAGAAAAAAUGUUUUUUUAUGAGG